AUGACCCAGGAGGGGGAGGAAGGUACCAAGAGUUUGGUCACUGGACGUGAGGAGUCAGCUGAUGUCCUGAUGACCCAGCUGUGCCUUCUGGGGCUGGAGGAAGUGAAGCACAUUAAAUCGCUGCCGCAGGAUUCACUGGACUCACACUCCAGUGCCGUGUGCCGUCAGGGGAUUCUGCUCAUCACAGACUGCAGCAAAGCGAAGCUGCCUCUGGAGGGUAAAGAGAAGUUGGAUGUGGUCAUUGUCUGUGUUACCAGCAUCUUUGCCUUGCCCUCAAUCGAGGCCUUGCAAAGGCAGGAAAGCCACAAAGUAAAUGUGAAGGGUUCCCUCUCGAGAUCCUGUUUGAUGGAGGAAAAUGGGAAAUUUGGACAAUUUCUCAGUCCAGACCAGAUGGCAGACCUUCUACUGACAGUUGUAGAAAGCUUGAAGGAGGCCAGUGAGAGCACCAUUGAAGCAUCAAAGACUAUUCUGAAUGUAAUCCUGCAGAAGUACAAGCAGAAGAUACAGAUGGAGGUGCCAAAGAUUGUGGACAGGAUCCACUCCCAGCUCAGAGCCAUCCAUCAUUCCCAUGCCAGACAGGUAGUGAUGAUGGCCUUAUGCCUCCUGGCUCGUGCUUUCAUGGAAGAAGAGUCCAUAGCCCUUCUAAAGUGUCCACUCCCGUUGGACAGAGAUGCAGCUGGGAUGUGGAGAACAUUGGCCAACACAGAGGCAAUCUGUCACUCCCACAGACUUCUGGAUGUGCUGCUGAAGGAGCUGCAGGAGAGGCCAAGCACCUCUGAGGAUAGAGCCUUCAUCAUACCUCUAGCUGCAGCCAGUGCUCUGUGCGAGGUGUUAUCCGUAUCCAUGUGCACACGGACGGUGACACGCUUCUAUCCCCGCCUCCUGAUGGCCCUGCUUGUUCAGGUGCACUAUACCAUUGGGCUUGGCCUGCCCGACAGCGGGGUGUCCAGGAAGGAGCUCAUCCCUGCUUGCUGUGUUGUGAAGACAGUAAAGACCCUUCUCCUAAAAAUGGGAUGCCACUACGAGUUCACCUCUGUUGAGAAGGAGGGAGGCUGGGAACUGCUCACUAACUCUGAGGAGCACCAUCGCGGGGUAGGCCUGCUUGCAAGAGCCAUGGUCCACUAUUCUUGCUAUCAGCUGUGGCGGAUCUUGUACCUUCUGGUCCCGUUCCUCGAACGAGGUGAUAAACAGCACAAGCUCACAGCGAUGGCCUUUUUCGUUGAGCUUCUCCAUAUGCCACAGGCAAAGCGGCUCCCAGAAAAAUAUUCUGUGCUCCGUCUGCUGAAAGGACUGACCGACCCAGAUCCAGUUAUCAGAGCACUGUGCGUCAAAGGACUGAUCACCGUGGCAGACUGGCCAGGGAAGAUAAAGGUCCUGGUGCCAGCCAUGAUAAACAGCUUGUGUGGAGUGGACGGGAGGCUGGUUGUGGAGGCUCUUGCUGAUGUGAAGAAGAUUCUCAGAGGCCUGGAUGUAGCAAGUUAUGUUGGCUGCAUCACCAGUCCCCUUAGGCUCCUCUUUGAUGAUGAGAGAAUGAGUGUGCGUUCUGCUGCCAUUUCCUUGUUUGGAAAAAUGGUCAAGAAGGUGAUGAAGAGUCAGGGGCUUAUGAAAGAGGAGGAUGUCUUGGACAGUUUGAUCCUUCUUUUGCACCUGCAAGAGGGCAACCCUGACAUGGCUGAGAAAUGUAAGAAUGCCUUGGAUGAAUGUUCUCGACUCCUGGAAUGGAGACUACCUAAACAGGUGGGCAACAGGAAGGCUUGGCACAACCACCAAGAAGAUGUGGAUGAAAUCUCUCUCGGGGGCUUAAUGCAUGACCCUGAGGCGUCCGUAUGUAUCUUUGCUGCUCAGGCACGUGAACGCGUCCUGGCAGUUUACUGGAAAGUAAAGUAUGGCCUGGUUGAGCAACACAAAGUGAACAGUGACUCUGCUGAGAAACACAAAAGCCCCCCAAAUCCUCCUGCUACCGAAAGCACCUCAUCCAGGCUGUUCAAUGCCCUCAAUCUCUGGAAAUUAGCUGCCAAGCACUAA